GUUGGUUCAGACAGAAAGGAAGACGCAAAGGCUUGUGGGUAAUUUUAAGACUCUUAGACGUUGGGAAGUGACCUCAUUAUCAAGCGACAGAAGAACCGUGUUCAAUGGUUUGGGAAAUUGUUUGCGGAUUGCAAUGAGACAGUGAGAAGAAACGUUCUGAAAGAAAAAUAAAAUGGCCACACAAAGAGUUCUCUCUCAAAGUAAAGAGACUCUUCUGCAGAAUUACAACAAGAGACUAAAAGAUGACAUCAGAUCCAUACUGGACAACUUCACUGAGAUCAUCAAAACUGCCAAGGUGGAAGACGAAACCCAGGUCUCUAGAGCAACACAAGCAGAGCAGGACCACUAUGAAAUGCACGUCAGAGCUGCCAACAUCGUACGAGCUGGUGAGUCUCUGAUGAAGCUGGUGUCAGACCUGAAGCAGUUCCUGAUUCUGAACGAUUUCCCAUCUGUAAACGAGGCCAUUAGCCUGCGCAACCAACAACUACGUGCCCUGCAGGAGGAAUGCGAUAAGAAGCUCAUCUCCCUGCGCGACGAGAUCGCCGUCGACCUGUACGAGCUCGAGGAAGAGUAUUACUCAUCCAGGUACAAAUAGAUCCUGAACCAGAGACCCUGCAGUCCUGUAGUCAAGUAUCAUAUACAGACUCCCUUAUACGCACAUAUCCAAUAACACGUAGUGCCUUAGACCACAAUGUGAGUGUAAGUGUCCCAAAUUCAUUUAUACAAGCAUUCACAAACUUUAGUGCCUUUAAAAUGGAAGAAGAACAUAAAAGCAGGCUAAACGUGUAAUGAUCUUAUAACAUUUAUCAUUUUUUUAGCUGGAUAGUCAAAAAGGACUAAAAGGAAACUACGAAUUAAUUAUUAAUGGUUUUUUUUUUACACUAAAGUUAAAAAUAUAUAUAUAUGCAAAAGUGUGCUUGAACGCUAUUAAAUAUUUCCAUACAUUUUAUUAAAAGUCAAAUCAAAUAAAACAUGCAUACUGUACACAGUAAGUUAAAUAAGGACAGUAGAAUACGAAUAUAUAACUAUUCAAAAAGGUAUGUAAAGAUAGUGUAUAACGCUGUUUAUGGUAUAUUAGUUCAACUUAAUAGUAGUCAUGUGACUUUAUUUAAAAUUUCAAUAUACAUAGACUUAUGCAAACAAGGCUUAUUUCUAAUGCAAGUAACGGUAGCUUUAUUAAGCACGUAAUGGACUUCAUGUUAAAUAUACAUUUUAGUCCUCCUAAUGAUCCCAUGAACAUAUUGUUAAAUAUUCAAACAAAAUAUAUAGAAUAUAAUAUGUAAUAAAACAUUUAAAAUAUACCAAAGCUCUGUGUUGUAUUAAACAUGCAAGUUUAAAUAGAAAAAAAGUUUUAAAAAAAUCCAUCACAGAUGUGAGAACUGGCCAAGUAAGUGGCCUAGUGUACUAAUGAGCACGCUGGCUUCACCUCCCUCUAUUAAAUUAUUCUGGAGGUUCCUUAACACAGUGGCUACACAUAUCUUCAGUCCAUUAAUCCAGUAAUUUUCUCAUAAACAGUUCUAGUUUUCUUUUAAGGUCGUUCAAACCAAACAUGUCAUGUUAAACUCGCGUCUUAUUUGGAGUACGUAGCCUAGGCCUAUUUUGAAUUAGCUAUAAGUUUUGGGUCUUUAACCUUCGAUACAAAGGGCCGGUGUGAGCGUAGGGUUUUAUUUCAUCCGAACAGAAGGCAUUUGAUUUGACAAGGUGAUCAAAAUGCAAAUAUAAACAAAUUUGCUUGCUCAGAUUUACUGAAUAUUUUAUAAUCAAAGCUACACAUACGGGUCGAUCACCAUGAACACUAGUGAAGCUUAUAUAGUGAUAUGUAAACUUGUAUAUCAUAAAGGGCAGAAAUUGUGGUAAAACGUAGACAUACCUUUAUACUUUGUAUACAUGUCUUAUGCACUCACAAGACCAGCUGUGACCUGAUAAAGAAACGGUUACAGAUUGAAGUUCUCUGGGACUUUAAAGCAUCGAAUAUUUGUCGGAUUUAUUUUAAACCUCACAUUAAUCAGACUAAAGAGGGUAAAUAAAGUGUGAUAUCUAUAAAAGACUCCAAAUGCAUCUUGCCUAGUAGCUAAUCUAGAAAACUCUUACUUACUUUUCACUUCAGCUACAGUAUUUUGCAGAAUACAAUUAUACAAUAUUACAGAAAUUAAGCUUAAGUUUGUAAUCCAUUGAGUUCACCUGGUGACCGGUCGUUUUUUUUAUUUUUUAUUUAUAACUUCCACGGCUGUUACUUUGGCCUUCGGUUUUGUGUGCGAGAAAUUCCACUUAAGCUUUAAUAACAAAGCCGGAGGACUUGGAACUGCUGGUGUGGAAUUGCAAAUAAUGCUCAUGCAUUAUACAAGUAUAUACAGAGAAUCAGCAGGUCCAAAUGAGUCCAUGUCUUUUUUUUAUUUAUUUAUCUUUUUAGGAUGCAGAAAUUUUGAACAAUGUUGUAAUGCACUAAAGUAGUUCUUUCUCUGAUUCUGUACCUCUGAAAUGAGGAGCACUCUGGGAGUUUUAAUAAUCUUGAGUAAUUCUUGUCAUUUUAUGGCCUGUAUUUAGAUUUCCUUUAUUGUAUACGAUGAAAAGAGAUUAUCAUUCACCUGUUAAAAUGUUCACAAAAAACAUGUAUGAUUUUUAUAUAAGUACAUUUUUAGCUUGCACUGGUAACUGGUAACAUCUCUAAUAUUUACACUGGUCUUAUUUUAUUUUAUAUUUUUUUUAUUUUCUCCACUGUCAGUUCUUCCUGGAACUAGAAAGCUUAAACAGUGUAAGAUACCAGAUAUGGAUCAAUAAAUUUACUGUUUAGAGUGUUAUAAUGUUAACAUUUCCACCACUGAGUCUGUUUGGCCAUUUUAAACAUUACAAAUAAAUCAGAAAGGAAAAGAGA